UAUAAAUUCAUAUAAGUGUGCGUGACGUCAUCCACCUUAGUAACCCUCCGCGACACAAGACAACAAGAUGGGAUUGCUGUCAAUCCUGCGCAAGCUGAAGAGCACACCGGACCAGGAGGUGAGGAUACUGCUGCUGGGGCUGGACAACGGCGGGAAGACCACCUUGCUCAAGCAGCUGGCCUCCGAGGACAUCAGCCACAUCACCCCCACCCAGGGCUUCAACAUCAAGAGCGUUCAGUCGCAAGGUUUCAAACUCAACGUUUGGGACAUCGGCGGACAGCGGAAGAUCAGGCCCUACUGGAGGAACUACUUCGAAAACACCGACGUGCUCAUUUAUGUCAUCGACAGCGCUGACAGGAAGAGAUUUGAGGAGACGGGGCAAGAGCUGGCUGAGUUGCUGGACGAGGAGAAGCUGAGCGGCGUGCCCGUGCUCAUCUUCGCCAACAAGCAGGACCUGCUGACGGCGGCGCCGGCCUCCGAGAUCGCCGAGGGCCUCAACUUGCACACCAUCCGGGACCGCAUCUGGCAAAUCCAGUCGUGCUCGGCUCUCACCGGCGAGGGCAUCCAGGAGGGCAUGAACUGGGUGUGCAAGAGCGUCAACUCCAAGAAGAAGUAGCCCGCCGUUCUCGGUCGUCUCCCCCCCAGCCCCGAGUCCCGCCACACUACGGGAUCCACCUGUGAAUGUACGCGCACGACUCAUCCGGCGUGGAGUUCGAAACCUGACUGCUGCAUUCCUGUCUCGCCGACUUUUCCGUUCUCCUCCCGUCACACUUUAACCAUUAACACUCCCGUUGAGCUGCUGUCUUUCCAGAGGAAUUUUGGAAUUCCACACUCACAAUCAGGUCAAAGUGUGUCAUUCUGACAUUUUUUUUUUCCCUCUUUGAGUUAUCAUUCCAUGCGCUUUUCAUGGCUCUUUUUGAUUUGAUGUGAGAUCUUCUGUUUUUUUGUGUGUGUUUUAUUUAUGGCAGAGGCAAGUAGUGUGCUUUCACCCCCCCCUCCCCACAAACCCACUAAAGAAUGAUACUGUACAUGUUCUGUAUAAAACAAAAAUGAGAUAGAGGACUUUUUAAAUCCACUGUAAAUAGCGCGAGACGCCCUCACGUGUGCUUUCUUUUGUAGUCCUCGUACCAGCAGAUUUUUUUUUUUGUCCCACUUCUGCGAUACUUUUUUUUGGGGGGGGGGGCUAGAUUUCCUUUUGAUAUUCUCGAAUGUCAUCCGCGCAGAAGCGAUGGUACUGUAUGUGAAUAAAAUAAGGAAGAAAUGAAAGUGCGUCUUCAUACUUAGUACUUCAUACGACGGAGGCGGCCUCGAGCGGAGCAGGUGCGGCCGGCAGCUGUCGGCGGCACCGGAGAAGCCGCGACGGCGUGGGCAAAA